AUACACAGAAGGCAUCGGUCGGUGAGGAUGUUUUAGCCGUUUUCCUUUUUGACUUGGGAAUAGACAUCUGGAUCGUGGUACCCUUGGAAAACAUAACGGGGGGAAGCAGGGCAAAGUCAUUGCUUGGAGCGAACACGUGCCUUUUUCUCACUUGUGUUGGGGAUAUAGAGAUUUCAGGAUGCCAGUUUUCCAUACCAAGACGAUAGAGAGUAUCCUGGAGCCAGUGGCUCAGCAGAUAUCCCACUUGGUUAUCAUGCACGAGGAGGGAGAAGUUGAUGGGAAAGCCAUCCCAGAUCUCACCAGCCCUGUGGCGGCAGUGCAAGCGGCUGUCAGCAACCUUGUGCGGGUGGGGAAGGAGACGGUGCAGACCACAGAAGACAAGAUUAUGAAGAGAGACAUGCCCCCGGCCUUCAUUAAGGUGGAGAAUGCCAGUGCCAAGCUGGUAGAGGCUGCUCGAAUGCUGAGGACGGACCCGUAUUCUGUGCCCGCCCGGGAUUACCUCAUCGAUGGGUCCCGGGGCAUCCUCUCAGGCACGUCGGACCUGCUGCUGACCUUUGAUGAAGCGGAGGUGCGUAAAAUUAUCCGUGUAUGUAAAGGUAUCCUGGAGUACCUGACAGUCGCAGAGGUUGUGGAAACCAUGGAGGACCUGGUCACUUACACUAAAAACCUGGGACCAGGCAUGACGAAGAUGGCAAAGAUGAUCGACGAGCGGCAGCAGGAGCUGACGCACCAGGAGCACCGCGUGAUGCUGGUCACCUCCAUGAACACAGUGAAGGAACUGUUGCCCGUGCUCAUAUCAGCCAUUAAGAUCUUUGUGACAACAAAGUGCAUGAAGAGUCUUGGCGUGGAGGAGGCGCUGAAGAACAGAAACUACACGUUUGAGAAGAUGAGCGCUGAGAUCAAUGAGAUCAUCAGAGUUCUGCAGCUCACGUCAUGGGACGAAGAUGCCUGGGCUAAUAAAAAGGACACAGAAGCCAUGAAGAGAGCACUGGCAGUGAUUGAGUCAAAGAUGGGUCAGGCUAAAGGCUGGUUGAGGGACCCUAAUGGUCUGCCAGGUGACCCAGGAGAGCAUGCGCUACGUCAGAUACUGGAUGAAACAGGAAAAGUGGGUGAACUUUGUGCUGGGAAAGAGAGGAGAGAGAUCCUGGGAACAGCCAAGACCCUGGGCCAAAUGACCGAUCAGGUGUCAGAUGUGCGGGCCAGAGGUCAGGGCGCCACCCCCAUGGGUAUGCAGAAAGCUCAACAGGUGGCUCACGGUCUGGACAUUCUGGUGGGGAAAGUGGAGAGUGCCGCCCGGAAGCUGGAGGCCCUGACCAAUGCCAAGCAGGCCAUCGCCAAGAGAAUUGACACAGCGCAGAGCUGGCUGGCUGACCCUAAUGGAGGUCCGGAAGGGGAGGAGAACAUUCGGGCUCUUCUGGCAGAGGCCAAACGCAUUGCAGACCUGUGCGAAGACCCUAAAGAGAGAGAUGACAUUCUGCGCUCCAUGAGUGAGAUCGCAGGACUCACAGCAAGACUGGUCGAGCUUCGCAGAAUGGGUAAAGGAGACACCCCGGAAGCUAGAGCGCUUGCCAAACAGAUCGGCACAGCUUUGCAAAACCUGCAGGCCAAGACUAACCGCGCCGUGGCCAACAUGAGACCCGCCAAGGCUGCUGUUACCCUAGAGGGCAAAAUGGAGCAGGCCCUGCGCUGGAUCAACAACCCCGGCGUGGAUGAUCGUGGAGUAGGCCAAGCUGCCAUCCGUGGGCUGAUAGCAGAAGGCCGUAGGUUAGGUAACUCUCUACCAGCGCCGUACAGACAGGAGCUGCUUGCAAAGUGCGAUCGAGCGGAACAGCUGAUGAUGCAGUUGGCAGAUCUGGCUGCGCGGGGAGAGGGAGAGAGUCCUCAGGCCGGCGCUGUGGCCGCUCAGCUUCUUGAAGCGAUUAGAGAUCUGAAGGCAAAGAUGCAGGAGGCAAUGACCCAGGAGGUUUCUGAUGUAUUCAGUGAUACAACCACACCGAUCAAGCUUCUGGCUGUGGCAGCGACAGCGCCUCUUGAUGCCCCUAACAGAGAUGAGGUGUUUCAAGAAAGAGCCUCUAACUUUGAGAAUCACGCCAACAGGCUGGGAGCUACAGCGGAGAAGGCUGCUGCGGUGGGAACAGCUAAUAAGAGCACAGUAGAAGGCAUCCAGGCAGCAGUGAAAUCAGCCAGAGGUUUAACACCUCAGGUCACUUCUGCUGCACGCAUUUUGCUGAAGAACCCUGGCAACCAGGCAGCAUACGAGCACUUUGAGACCAUGAAGAAUCAAUGGAUUGACAACAUUGAGAAAAUGACUGGUCUUGUGGAUGAAGCCAUUGACACCAAGUCACUUUUGGAUGCUUCGGAGGAAGCCAUUAAAAAAGACAUUGAUAAAUGCCGGGUUGCCAUGGCUAACGUUCAACCCCAGAUGUUGGUUGCCGGGGCUACCAGCAUCGCUCGGAGGGCCAACAGGGUCCUUCUGGUGGCCAAACGGGAGGUGGAGAACUCCGAGGACCCUAAAUUCAGGGAUCUGGUUAAAGUGGCUUCAGAUGAACUUGGUAGAACAAUCUCACCCAUGGUCAUGGCUGCUAAAGCUGUGGCUGGAAACAUUCAAGAUCCAGGUUUGCAAAAGAGCUUCUUGGACUCUGGCUACAGGAUUUUGGCUGCUGUUGGGAAAGUGAGGGAGGCCUUUCAGCCUCAGGAGCCCGAAUUUCCCCCUCCGCCUCCAGACCUUGAUCAGCUGCAUGUCCAUGAUGAUCAUGCUCCUCCCAAACCGCCCCUCCCUGAAGGAGAGGUUCCUCCCCCGAGACCUCCACCUCCAGAGGAGAAGGAUGAGGAGUUCCCUGAUCAGAAAGCUGGUGAGAUGGUGAGCGAGCCCAUGAUGGUGGCUGCCAGGCAACUUCACGACGAGGCCCGUAAAUGGUCCAGCAAGCCUGAGGUGACAUACGAAGGUUUUGAGGCCGCUGAGGCGGAUGUAGAUAUAGAUGGUGAUGAUGAUGAGUUCACAGACAACGAGGAUGAUUUUGAGCCAGAGCUGCUUUUAGUGGCUUCCAAUCAGCCAGUUAACCAGCCCAUUCUGGCCGCUGCGCAGUCUUUGCACCAGGAGGCUCGCAAGUGGUCCAGUAAGGGUAAUGACAUCAUCGGUGCAGCCAAGCGCAUGGCCCUGCUCAUGGCAGAGAUGUCUCGGCUGGUGCGUGGAGGAAGCGGGAAUAAACGUGCCCUUAUUCAGUGUGCCAAGGACAUUGCUAAGGCUUCAGAUGAGGUCACACGACUAGCUAAAGAAGUGGCCAAGCAAUGCACAGACAAAAGGAUUCGCACUAACCUUUUGCAGGUUUGUGAGCGUAUCCCAACUAUCAGCACCCAGCUGAAGAUCCUGUCUACUGUUAAGGCCACUAUGCUUGGACGAACAAACAUCAGCGAGGAAGAGUCUGAGCAGGCCACUGAGAUGCUUGUGCAUAACGCUCAGAACCUCAUGCAGUCUGUGAAGGAAACCGUGAGAGAAGCAGAAGCGGCUUCCAUCAAGAUCCGCACAGAUGCUGGGUUUACUCUCCGCUGGGUCAGAAAGACCCCCUGGUACCAGUAAACUGAGGAUCGCUCUUCCUCAUUUAAGAACAAUGAUAGGACCCCAUCUGAUCCCUAAACUGUUGGACAACAGUGUUCAGCUGUAGUCUAGGGAUAAUUGGUAGUACUUUUUUUCUUUACUUACUAGUAGACUGAUUACUUUAUCCUUCUGAAAGCUAUUUUUGUCUUUUGCUACAGUUAACUUUAUCUCACACUACUGGGAUACGGUGUAGGAAUACACAAGAAGCACAUUUUUAAAUAUAUAUUUUUGGUAUGUUGGGUUUCCAAAUUCCAGGUAUAUAUAUAUAUUUUUGCAUGAAGAAUUUUUCUAUUUUGUAUUGGAGAAAUGCGGCAUGAUGACUUACAGGAAAUGCCUUUCUCUGACUGUGUUGGAGCUCACGAUGAAAUUUACUUUAAUUUAGUUUAUGACUAUUCAAUUUUCUUAUUGAAAAUGUAUAUAUUUAUAUUUCUCAAUGAUGUCUACAUUCAUCAGAUCAUUAUUGCAGAUCGUGUUUUUAGUCACAGUUAUACAAUACAUAAAACAUAUUAUGAUAAAGAUUUUUUUGGUUAAAUCAAAUUCGCUAGAAUUAACCAUUCUCAACUCUUAGUUUUAAUAAACUUCGCUUGGCUUCGCUUAACUUUUUAUUCAAUGGGAUAACAGCUUUUUUUCGUGGAUUUUUUAUGGUUCAUGCAAUUACAGGGAUGUACUUUGCAUGCUACAACUGAUGCCAAAGAUUUAAUUUUUUACGUUUAUAUGAACGUAAUAUUCAUGAUAUGUUAUAUAAACAAAACAAUUCUGUAUUGUAAAUGUGUGUAGACAUGCGUAAGCUUGUCUUCUAUACCAUUCUAUCUUAAUACUUUCUUCACACUUGAAAUUUGUCUUUGUAUCGAACUUCUGAGGGAGUGAAUGCAAAUUGUUUUAGAUAAUACUUCUUUUACGAGGAAAGCACAAUUUUCACAACAGUUGAACUGUUUUCUCUUCUACAUGGCUGAACUGAACAUCAACGCCAGACUUUUUACAGUUAAAACAAAUUGUAGCUGUAAUCUUGAGGUUGUUCUUAGUGUGAUUAGUAUUGUAGUGUAUUAAUAAAGGAGCUGUCUUAAUGUAUCUUCCAUAGGGUACAAUGAAAACUUCUACACAAGACCCAGGUGGCUUGUUUAUGUGUGGAGAUAACUAAAGAUUGAACAGCUCUGAAUGUGUUAAAUUCGAUUAGCUCACUUUAGCUGAAGAUGUACCGUGUUGAGCUGCACUCUCUGUGCGGUUGACAGUUUAUCAGAAGAUGCGUCACUGCCUUGCGUUCACUUAAACUCUCUGUAGUAUAUACAGUUUAAAGAGUACCUUUUUCAGCCCCAAUAUAGUGCCUCUUUGUUAAAGUUUACAGGGCUGCAUUUUUUAUGUGUAACAGCAUGUUUUGGGUUAUGUUGACAAAAGGAAGAGAAUAAAAAUACUGCUUUGUGAAUGUAUAUAUGACACAACUGUUAACUUUUGUUUUCAGUGUUACAUAAGAAAGAUAUCUUGUGUGCCUCAGAAUAAUAAAACAGGUCUGUUGAGGUACUUCAAUUCAUUGUCUCUAAAUGUGUCAAUAUGGGUUGAGUUUACUCAUUAGGUA